AUGCCACGGAAGGGUGGCAAAUCCACUCAGCGUGGAAAGCCCAGGCUUCUGUCAACAGAGUUCGGACAGCUCGAAACUACCCCGACGUCCCGUCACCUCCAAUCUCCCGAGGAGCACCAUACACAGACGCCAGUCUCCAAAUCGCAAGGUCAGGACAAUAGUGAUCAAACAGCGCGAGUCAAAAGUUCGACUACAAACCAGAAGCAACAGUUGAGUUUCGUCGAUGAGUUUGAUGAUGGAGUAGACGAUGUUGAUCUGAUCAAUUUGGACCCCUUCGAAGAGCCGAAAACACAACCUGCACCUGUCAACGAUUUUUCCUGGUCCGAAACUGGAUCCUUGACUUGUCGAAGCUCACCACUUCGCGGCGGCGAGGCGUCCAAGGAUAUUUGGCAGUUUGACAACCAAGGAUCGCUGAUUGAUGCAUUCUCAAGCCCAAAGUCUGGCAAGGGAGACCUCCCCAAGACUCAGCCACUCACACAAAGCCUCAACGCCCAUCUGGAAGAGUCACCAAACAAAGCUGUGGUUGUAGUGGAUUUCUCAGAAACGGCUUCCACAGGGCGACGGAGCUCGCCGUUCCCUUCUCAAAUCGCAACCGAGGAAUCGUGGGAACUACUCAGUAACAAGCCCCUACUUUCUAGCACCAUCCCCGACUCUCUGCAACUGCCCGGAAUGCCACUUUAUCCACCAGAGAAACCAAUUGAACAUCUGCCAGCGGAUGAGCUCUACGAUGCCACCCCUCCUAGGUCGAGUGCACAGCGUCCAGUCGCUCCUCCGCCGCAACGCUCCCAGGCUCCCCGAGAAAGUGUCAAACAUGAUCAGGAUUCGGCACCAUCGCAGACGAAGAAAACGAAGCGAGCCCCGACCCCGCACCCAAAGGCCCUGAGGAGAGGUUUGGCCAAGUAUAUUGAAGAUACAGACUUGGUGAGAAAUGAAGAGGUACCCGUUUCAUCAUCGGAUCACCCAAAGCCCCGCGAAACUCUCCGAAAGGGAAACAAGACAGGCACUGUCCGAGAAAAGGGACCAAGCGAGGACAAGCAGGCCAUCCCACAAGCGCAAGAUGACCCAGCAACAGGACAAGGCCAGAAGGGGAAGAAGCGAAAGCAACGUGCGAAGACGCCGAUUCAGUUUGACAAGGACACUCAAGCAAUCAAAGAAGUCCACCAACCGAAGAAGAAUGCCGAACCUCCAGUGAGAAUGACCCUCGUGAACGCCAUGAAACAGGCAAGCAUUGCCUCAAGCUCCCCAGCUCUCAGUGCAAGAAAGAAGGCGGCACCCAAGACUACCCGGAAAGCUGCGCCAAAGUCCACACCAAAACCUGCGCCCAAACCGAUUACGAGGAAGGCACAACCCAGAAAGAAACGCAAAAUGUCUGUCGAGGAGGAGUACGAAGAUGACUCUAUCAUCGUCGUCGAUACAACCGACUUCACGGAACCCAAGCCUGUCAUCAACACGAGGGCGAGGACAGCAGCCCAGUCAAAGACCAAAUCUGCACGAGGGAAGGAGGGCCCAGAGAUCAACGCAAGCUCUCAAGGGUUAUCUCAUGACCCGAUCGUGGUGGCAAGCGACCCGGCCAGUUCAUCGAUAUCAGGAGACGAGCCUAAACGGACAGAGCCGUCGCGGCCAUCGCAAGGAAUUCAAUCUGCAGCACAAAAUUUGAUGGCAGGAACCGACACGAGUCCCAUGGCGACACCAAACAUUUCUCUGGAACAUGGUAUAGACCAGCCAUCUGUCGCUUCCCAGCUUCCCAGCGCCCCCAAGGCGAAGGAAGCUAUCGUCGAUACAAUGUCAAUGAACGCAGCUGCAUCGACAAAGCCUGCCGAAGAGCCUAUCAAUCUUCGCAAGCGAAGUCGCCAAACCAAUGUCAACGCUCCUCAAGCUCUCUCGCAUCGUGACCCCAACAUCCCUGUGAAAGGUGCUCUCCGUACUACUCGGGGAGCGGGUAUCUCGAAAAAGGACACUUCUACAAGAGUUAACAAGGCAGGUUUUGUUCAACGCCGCAAGAGCAGCAAAAUGUCACGGAGUUUCAGUAUCAGUAAGGCGGGAAGCCCGGUACCAGUUGAGACGGGACAAGGUCUCUUGAUUGAUGAAUCGAGCCCCAUCGAGGCCCAGAGUCCACGAUUGAAGGAGCAGAAGCUUGAUUCUCGAGGCAACGGUCUACAGCAACGAUACAUCUCAGGUUUGGCAGCGGCAGAGCCAAACCACGACAAGACCAGAAUUGAGCUCAAAGCACGCCCACGAAAUGAACAGAGGGAGCAAGAGAGCGACCUCCUCCCUGGCCUCACUGCGCUCAACAAGAACCUGCAGAACCAGAUCUUUGAGUCUCUUCAAGGGCAGGACGAGGCAUCCGUGGUGGUGGCGGAUGGGGGAAAACGGACCAAGACUACGGAGAAGGGCAAUGAAGUUACCGAGCAAACCGACCCCGAGAAACCGACAGACGAAGUGGCGGAGAAACUCCACGUGCUGGUUGAGACAAUGUUGAGUCACCUGGCAACCAAGGAAGCCACCAUUUACCGCGGGGCGGAUGCCUAUCGCAAGAGCGGGAUCGAUUGCGUGGACAAGAUGGAGCGAAGGUACAGCCAAGAACGGACUGCGCUGGCCGAUGCGUGUAAGAAGGAUGGUGAUAGGUUCGCUCGGCGAGUUCGCGAAGCGAGAGAAACCGUUGAGGACGGCGAAAAGGCGCGGGGGAAGGCGAUGCACCAGCUGGAGCAAGCGGCGACAAAGCGACGUCAGCUAUACCAGCAAGCGAGCACUGGCCUGCGGGCCCUUCACGGGCGACUCUUGAAGCGAAAGAUGGUGGAGGAUGAGGGCAUUUAG